UAAUUAAAAAAAACAAAAUCUCAUAAUUAAAAAAAAAAUCAAAACUAGUGCUCAUUUUCCUUCCUCAACCUCAGCUAAGGGAAAGAAAAGACCUCAUCUUGUCUCUAACAGCUUGGAUUCCAAUUCCACACCCCACCUGGAAUCCUCUAUAAACCCUUGGAAAUCCAUAAAUUUCGCUUCCAAAACAUAUAAAAAAGCAGACCAACCCAAAACACAGACUUGCUCUGUUUUCAAAACACUAUUUCCCACUCUGUUUUCCCAGCUCCGGUUUGCUUGAACCUCCAGAAAACCCAGCUGAAUCAUAAACCCCAGAUCACUCUAGACUUGUAGAAAUCGAUCCUGGUAAAAAAGACAGGAUCUUUCUUGAUGAAUUUUGGGUCUUUUGAGUGAUAUUAUGCAUAGAUCUGGAGCUGCCAUGGCUUGGAAUGUGUUCAAGUUCUGCACAGCUCUGCGGGGUCUGGGCUCGGUUAUGAUCCUCUUGGUUCUUGGAGUUGUGGGUGUGACGUAUUACACUGUCGUUUUGACUAAUUAUGGCCCGGCUUUGUAUGCUGGUGGGCUUGAUUCUCUCAUUGCUAUUGUCGUUUUGAUCUUGUUCCAUUCUUUGUUGGUGAUGCUACUAUGGAGUUACUUUUCUGUUGUUUUGACGGAUCCCGGUGGUGUGCCACCGAAUUGGAGGCCUGCUGUUGAUGAAGAAAGAGGGGAAGCUGACCCAUUGAAUGGUUCAGAAUUUAGUGAUUUGCAAACUGACCCAUCAAAUCAAAGAGUCCGGUAUUGCCGGAAGUGCAACCAGUUGAAACCACCUCGUUGCCAUCAUUGCUCAGUUUGUGGGCGGUGUGUACUGAAAAUGGAUCACCAUUGUGUAUGGGUUGUUAAUUGUGUUGGGGCCUUAAAUUACAAAUAUUUUCUUCUUUUCUUGUUCUACACGUUCCUUGAGACAACUGUUGUAACUUUAUGCUUGCUGCCACACUUCAUUGCAUUCUUUAGUGAAGGAGAAAUACCUGGAACACCAGGGACCCUUGCAACUACUUUCCUUGCUUUUGUUUUGAAUCUUGCAUUUGCAUUAAGCGUGCUGGGGUUUCUUAUCAUGCAUAUAUCCUUGGUAGCUGCAAAUACUACAACCAUCGAGGCGUAUGAGAAGAAAACCACUCCGAAAUGGCGCUAUGACCUUGGUCGAAAAAAGAAUUUUGAACAGGUGUUUGGGACAGACAAGCUAUACUGGUUCAUCCCUGCUUAUUCAGAAGAAGAUUUGCGACGGAUACCAGCGCUCCAGGGUCUCGAGUAUCCAUCUAAGCCUGAGUUUGACUCCCAAGACUUCUAAGCACCAUAUGUUUGCAUUCAGUAAAAAUUUACCUUGUAACUACAGAUAUGGAAACUCCAGAGAAAAAGUUCCCUUGCAGUCAUAACUCAUCAAAAGGCUUGCAACUAACUUGGGCUCAGAGUUUUUCAUUCCCACGGGCAUCACCUUGUAAGCAUGACAAUUAGAGACACGGAGAGACACAUUAUCCAGAAACAGAUCAAGUAGUGCAGUUUAUGGGUUGCAAUCUUGCAGAGUAGUGUGGGUUUGACUGGCUAAAAUUCAUUUUGUCUAGGGAGAAUUGGGAACUGUAAAAAAGGGAAAUGAAACUUCUCCAUCUGGAAAUGUUCCAUGUGAUUUGUUGUACUAUUCGUUGGAAUUACAGAAAGCUAUCUAGGUGGCCUGUCAAUCAAGUGUAAUGCAUGUACUAUAUGUUAUCCAUAAAAUAUCUAAUUUUACACUGAA